UGGUUCCCAUCAAUGACAAAAUGGCGUCCAGUUCAGGUAAACGAGCCCUGGGUACUGAUGGCAGUGAUUUCAGUCACAGGGAGAGAGUCGCAUCUCGCUACCAGAGGAGCCCACAGCUGAAGAAAGUCUUGCAAAGACUCAUUGUUAUCCAGGUCUUUUGCUGGGCCUUCACUGUCACGGUAGCACUCGUUACAUGGGACAUCCCCUCUCUACUGGCAGUUCUUGGAUACUGUAUCAGUAUCCCUGCCGGAUGGACCUCGCUACAAAGGAACAACAUAACCCUCAUCAACAUUUAUGGGGUCUCUUCCUCUCUACUGGGUAUCUUCCCCAUGGGAUUUACACUGUACUGUUACUUGUGGACAGGUGGCAUUGCCUCUCACCACGUUCUGAGGCUAAUUGAAGCAUUCCUCAUUAUUGGAGUAAAUCUCACUGCCUCGUACUUUGCUAAGGAGUUGAUGCAGUUGUGGGGAGGUAUCCCGUCAUCUUCGAAAUCUAAUACCAAAAGAAAAUGACCACAAAAUCACACUUUUUAUUAUUUUUGUUAAAAUUAAAACAAUACAUUCUAAAAAACCUUUUCUCUUCUCGAUUACAA